AUGACAACUCCGUACCUGUUCUUAUGCUGCCUGGUGCUGCAGGUGGCUGACGGAGAACUGGACUACAUCUCCCAUGGAGAAGGGCUACAUCUGCAGGGGGACUUCUCCAUCGCUGGGCUCUUUCCUCUUCACUAUACCAACCGACCAAGCACGGGUUUGCCUGCUUUGGGUGCAUGCAAAGAAGGCCGACACAACAAGCAUGGCUUUCAUAUGAUGCAAGCCAUGAGAUUUGCCGUGGAAGAAGUGAACAACAAGAGCGGAGCGCUGCACUCUCUGCUGCCAGGAGUCACACUGGGCUACCAGAUGUAUGACAUAUGCUCAGCACCAGCCAGUGUACUGGCCACACUGGACUUACUGGAGCAACAGUACCAUGGAUCCGCUGCAUCCUGGAUGACGACGAGGAACACAGAAACUGUCGCUGUGAUUGGUCCAGACAGCAGCAGCAAAUCUUUCACCCCAGCCGCUCUGCUCGGUGCUUAUCUCAUACCACAAAUCUCCUACGAAGCAUCAAACAAGAAACUGAGCAACAAGAUCCUCUACCCUUCCUUUUUCCGCACCAUUCCCAGUGACAAGAACCAGGUGGAGGCCAUGAUCCAGCUCCUGGUUCAUUUCAACUGGACUUGGAUCGCCCUGCUGGGCAGCGACAAUGACUACGGCCUGGGUGGCAUGCAGAGUCUGUCCCAGCUGGCGCCGCAACACAACAUCUGCGUGGCCUUCCAGGGAGUCAUCCCAUCCUACAGCGGAGAGACUGUUAAAAUCAUGAGGAAUAUGGUGGAGGGCAUACUGAGGGCAAAGGUCAACACCAUUGUGGUGUUCUCCAGUAAGUCCAAACUGAGCGGCUUCUUCCCUUUCGUUGUGGAACGUAACGUGACAGGAAAGGUGUGGAUAGGUACGGAAGACUGGUCCGUCGCCACGCUCAUAUCUGGGAUCGCUGGGAUCCACACCAUUGGCACUGUGCUCGGCGUCUCCAUCCAGAACGCCGACAUUAGUGGCUUUCAGGAGUUUGAGAGAAAAGUUGUGGAGGCUUCACUUCAUCGCGGUGACAGUCAGACGGGUUCCGGCGGCCAUGUUUGUCUGCAGAGUACAGAUGUGUACAGUCUGGCCGGGAACAACUUCACUUUGGAGAAGUAUGACAUCACCUCGUCCUUCAACGUGUACAAGGCGGUGUAUGCUGUAGCCCAUACGCUCCAUCAAGCUCUUCACUGUGACUCUGGACGUUGCCUGGUAAGGAAGGUGCAGCCAUGGCAGCUCCUGCCGCUGCUUCGGGAUGUUCGCUUCUGUCUGAAAAAUACCUGUGUGUACUUCGAUGAGAAUGGCGACCCUCCUACAGGAUAUGACAUCGUUACGUGGAUUUGGAGAGGCACAGAGUGGUCCCUCAGGGUGGUGGGGUCUUUCAGUCCUGAUCCCCUUCACCUCACACUUGAUGAAGGCGCCAUUGAGUGGGACAGCAUGGGGACAUCAAGACUGGUUCCACUGUCCAUCUGUUCUCCAUCCUGUACAAAAGGUCACAGAAAGUUGCUGAAAGGACAGCACACGUGUUGCUUUGACUGCCAGGCGUGUCCUGCUGCCACCUUCUUAAACAAAAGUGAGCCCACCCAGUGCCAGCCAUGUCCCUUGGAGCAGUGGGCUCCCCCCGCCAGCGAGCUGUGUCACAACCGUACCGUCCUUCUUCUGGCCUGGGAUGCCCCCCUCUCCAUGGCCCUCCUCUUCUUCCUGGCCUGCUGCCUCCUGCUGACCUCUGUCUCGGCCGCCGUCCUCCUGCUCCACCUCCACACCCCCGUGGCCAAGUCCGCCGGGGGUCGCACUUGCCUGUUGAUGCUCGCCGCUCUGAUGGCCGCCUCUUUGAGCACCCUGUGCCAUUUUGGUCACCCCUCCAAUGCGGCCUGCAUGCUCAAGCAGCCUCUGUUCAUGUUCAGCUUCACGGUGUUUCUGGCCUGCGUCACCGUGCGGUCCCUGCAGGUGGUCUGCAUCUUUAAGUUGGCCUCCAAGCUCCCACCCGCUUAUGACAAGUGGGCCAAAAAGCAAGGCCCCGAGUGGACUAUUUUCAUUAUAUCUGCCAUCAUUUUGUUCAUUUCCGUAACUCAUGUGGCGAUGGAACCUCCUGAGCCAUCCCGCGAUGUGGAUUUUUACCCGGACAGCAUAGUCCUGGAGUGUAGCAGCACCCUGUCGUACGGCUCAGGCCUGGAGCUGGCUUACGUGUCCCUGCUCAGCGUGGUCUGCUUCUUCUUCAACUACAUGGGGAAAGACCUGCCGGCCAACUACAACGAGGCCAAAUGCAUCACCUUCAGUCUCACAGUCUACAUCAUUUCAUGGAUCAGUUUCUUCACCAUCUACCUCAUCAGCAGAAGCCCCUUCUCCAUGGCCGCGCAUGUUUUUGCCAUACUCUUCAGUGUGACCGCCUUCCUGGGGGGAUACUUCCUACCCAAAAUAUAUAUCAUCCUGCUCAGGCCGCAAAUGAACACCACAGCUCAUUUCCAGAACUGCAUCCAGAUGUACACCAUGAGUAAACAAUGACUCUGUUUCAUUAUUUCAGUUCAAUGCAAAUGGAAUGGUUACAAAAAGUUAACGUUAUUUUUUUAUUGUUAAAAGACAAAAAAAGUGAUUGGUCAUCACACUACCACCACCAUAUUUUACUGUUGGUUUGAUGUUCUUUUUCUGUAACGACAGAUGUGAUAGGGGACACACCUUCCAAAAAGUUCAACUUUGUGGAUAAAUGCUCUCACUGUGGUUGGCUGGAGUCCCAAAGCGUUAGAAAUGGCUUUGUAACAUUUAACACUGAUAGAACUAGAUUAUUUUUCCUAAAUAAUAAUAUGUUUCACAGGCACGGCGGUCGAGUGGUUAGCGCGCAGACCUCACAGCUAGGAGACCAGGGUUCAAUCCCACCCUCAGCCAUCUCUUUGUGGAGUUUGCAUGUUCUCCCCGACCAUGCGUGGGUUUUCUCCGGGUACUCCGGUUUCCUCCCACAUUCCAAAAACAUGCUAGGUUAAUUGCCGACUCCAAAUUGUCCAUAGGUAUGAAUGUGAGUGUGAAUGGUUGUUUGUCUAUAUGUGCCCUGUGAUUGGCUGGCCACCAGUCCAGGGUGUACCCCGCUUCUUGCCUGAAGACAGCUGGGAUAGGCUCCAGCACCCCUCGUGAGGAAAAAGCGGUAGAAAAUGAAUGAAUGAAUAAUAUGUUUCAUUUCAUUUUGUGUUAAUUUGCGUUGUCAAUAUGUUUGAUGAUCUGAAACAUUUAAUUGUAGGAUAAGCGGCAUAGAAAACGGAUGGAUGAUUGGGUUACACCAUUAGAUACAGUACAUGUGAGGUGCAAAAUAUU